CCGACUCUAACUUCUUCGCAACUAAAACAUAUUGUUUACAAUAACAUAACACAUCCUACAACGACUCUAGCAUACACCAUGAACAAGCAAGGAGAUCUCGUUGAAAUCGGCCGUGGCAAUUGUGGCUCCGUCUGGGCCGAACGCCUCUCUGACGUCGACGACAAUGACGAGGAUAACAAGUCUGUCAUCAAACGCGAGGAUUGUAACACCGGCCGUUCAAUCACCAAGGAACACGAUAUCCACAAACACAUCCUCGCCCGUUUGGCAGCAGCAACCAUGACAUCAAAGUCAGACAGCAACCUGAUCACAGGCUAUCGAGUCGACAUCCCCACCGCCAUCGACUUCAUCGCCUCGACUUCCCCGGAAUGGGCUUUUCUUCUGCCCCGUCUCCCCAAAGACUUCCAACCAUGCAAGGCCAUCAGGAAUGAAAGAAUCCCGCAGAUGCAGCAAUACGUCCGUCAGCUCCUCGUCCAAAGAUUUCAUGGCGGCCACGGUGGAUGUGAAACCAGAAGCGAGAAACUCGCUGCCGACCUUCUCGAUCUCGCGAGGACGGAACAAAACUGUUUGGUCCGCCCUUUCCUUGGACGACGCCGCCUACCAAGAAACAGACCUCGGAUGAUAUCAGCCGUCAGCUUCCGCAACUUUCCACUCCACCUCGAUCAGAUCGAAGAACUCGGGCUUCCAAAGGAACAAUACGCCAUGGCCAUGGCUGACACGCUUGCGUUUCUUCAUUGGGAGGCGGAGGUCGACGCGCGAGACGUGGAGUUUGUUCUUGCUCGGCCACGGUCCUCUUCUGCGUCGUUGUCGGCGCCCAGCAUCGGCUCCAAAGCAUUCAGCUCAGGAGGACUAUUCGGCACUCACGCAAUGUGGCUGCUAGACUUUGACUGCUGCAAGAAGAUGACAAUGCCAGAGGUAAUGGAUGACGGUGGUAAAGUGGCAACCGAAGUUGCAUUUCUGGAAGCCGCUGCAGCAAGUUUUUGGGGAAAUGAUCCGUGGUAUCAUAGACCUCCUCUUCCCCAAAGCAACGGCAACGAAAACGGCAACCAUGGUGCGGGCUCAGAGUAUCAGCCCGCAGACAGCCAGCUUUGGGAGGAGUUCAAGGGGCGGUACCUGGAGACGAGUCGGCAGAUUUUGGAGGGAAAAGGGAAGGAAAGCGUGGCACGGGAGUUGCCGGGAAAGGUGAUGGGCAUGAUUUUGAAGACGAGGUGGAAGAACGGGAAGUUGGUUUACUUGAAGGACGAGGGGGAGAUGAAUUAG